AUGGACCCCACUGAAACGCCUGCUCUCCACCACUGUGCUGCUGACUCUUCCCCAGCGGAUGAGGCCAGAGGGCCCCAGAGCACAGAGCUUAUUCCCAGGAGACCAGUCAGUCGCUCGCCAACCUGUGCCCGCUGUCGCAACCAUGGGGUCACAGCCCAUCUCAAGGGCCACAAGCGCCUCUGCCUCUUUCAGGCUUGCGAGUGUCACAAAUGUGUCCUCAUCCUGGAACGUCGGAGGGUCAUGGCUGCCCAAGUGGCCUUGCGCAGGCAGCAGGAGGCACAGCUGAAAAGGCACCUGGCUCAGGGACUGAUGAAAGGGGCGGCCCCUCUGAAAGCGCCACUCCGCGUCAAGAAGGGAGCCAUCCGGCCGGGGGUCCCUUCGGGAAAGGAGAACAUAGCACCCCAGCCUCCGAGUCCCCAUGGAGCAGUCCCACUGGUCCUGACACCCCCUGGGAAGGAGAACUAUGGGCCACUGCUGCUCAGCCGCCCCCCGGAAGCCUUGCCUUUGCCCUGGACUCCAGUGCCUCCUGGGCCUUGGGGCCCUGGACACUGGCUGCCCCCAGGCCUCUCAAUGCCACCUCCAGUGGUGUGCCGCUUGCUGUGCCAAGAACCUGCUGUCCCUCUACAUCCUUUCCCUGCCUUUGACCCUGGCACCUCUCUCCGGCUGCCCACCCAUGGGACCCUCCCGAGCUGCCCAGGAUCUCGCUCAGUGCUGACGGCCCCACUUUCUGGAGAGCCCCCGGGACCCCCCAACCUGCCUCACACAUGUUCAACUCUGAUACUCCAGUCCUGUGGCACCCCAGACUCUCUUCUGCUACAGCCCCAGGCCCCCGGAGCCUCCUGCCUGGCCUGGACAUCCGGCCCCUCAGAACGGCAGCUGCAGCGGGAGGCCGCUGAGGCCCUUGUAGGUCUGAAAGAUUCAUCCCAGGCUCCCCGCCUGACCCCAUCUGUCCCCCCUAACCCUGCCUGGAUCUCUCUGCUCCACCCCUGUGGCCCACCAGCGCCUCCUGGGGGAAGAGGAUUCCAGCCUGUUGGCCCACCUCUCCGGCCCAGUCCAGGUUCCUCUGUCUCUCUGCACAUUGGGCGUCUGGGAUCCAUCUCCCUCCUCAGCUAGAGAGCAGAGGUGGAAGCUCUCACUGGGACAAAGACGGCCAACCACAGCACUGCAAAUUUGGUAUUUAUUUAUGAGUUUUGCAUGGGAUUUAAUGUAAUGCAAGCUUCAGCCUUUUUUUUUUAUAUAAGCUUUCCGGUUCCUUUUUUAGUGUGGGUAUUUCCUUGGCUGAAGGUGGAUAUUCUUGUAGCCCGUUUAGAUACUAAGCCCCCAAUAAAGGCAGUUGGGCAGUUUAAGAUGGCCCAUAUGUAAAUACACUUUGUCAUGAGUGUAUGCUCUAUACAUGCCUGUGUUCUUAUGUCUGUCUCUGAAUGUGAAAACACAGGAAUAUGUUCACUUUGUAUGUAGGUUUCUGUAAGCAAGAAAUAAA